AGCCGCCGCCAUUUUGCUCCGAGCGGAAGGAGGAAGAGCAGCGGGGGAAACAUUCAACUUGCAGCAGAAAGCUUCCACUAACUCGUUCUUUCUGCCAUGGAGGUCCCGGGACCGGACAGCGACUGGAGGAGUCCGCAGUUCCGGCAGAAAGUCGUCGCUCAGAUCGAGGAGGCGAUGAGGAAGGCAGGAACUGCACACACUAAGUCCAGCAACGAUAUGGAAAACCACGUUUAUGUCAAAGCCAAAUCCAGAGAGGAGUAUUUGUCUCUGGUGGCGAGGCUGAUCAUUCACUUUAGAGACAUCCAUAAGAAGACGCACGGAGGUCCAGAUCCCAUUAACGCCCUGACUAACUUGACUGGGGUCGGGGGGGGGCCCGGCGUCAUGGGGAUGGGGCCUCGGCCUGCCGGCGCUCCGGUGGGGGGCAUGGGGUCCAUGGGGCCGAUGCAGAUGGUGGCCGGAAACCCGCAAGCUAUCGGGGGUCCGGGACAGAUGCCGAUGCAGCAGAUGGUGCAGCAGCAGUCCAUCCAGUUCCAACAUUUCCAGCAGCAGCAGAACAGCAUGCAGCAGCAGUUUCAGGUGCAGCAGCAGCAGUUGAGGGUGCAGAUGCAGCAACAGCAGCAACAACAACAACAACAACAACAGCAACAACAACAACAACAACAGCAGCAGCAGCACCACCAGAAUCAACAACUUCAGCACCAGAACCAGCAACUUCAGCACCAGAACCAGCAGCAGGCACAGAACCAGCAGCAGCAGAACCAGAUGCACCAGACCAGGAUUCAGCAGCAGCAGCAGAUUCUGCAGCUCCAGCAGCAAGCCCAGGCCCAGGCCCAGGCCCAAGCCCAAGCCCAAGCCCAGGCCCAAGCCCAAGCCCAAGCCCAGGCCCAAGCACAAGCCCAGGCCCAAGCACAAGCCCAGGCCCAGGCCCAAGCACAAGCACAAGCCCAGGCCCAAGCCCAAGCCCAGGCUCAGGCCCAAGCCCAGGCCCAGGCCCAUGUCCAAUCCAUCCAGCACAUGGUUCAGCAGCAGCAGCAGCAGGUUCAGCCUCAGCCGGGUCAGCACAUCUUGCAAAAGACCUUGCAGGCCCGUGCAUCAUUGCAGCAAGCUGCAGCUCAGGCGCAACACAACGCAACAGCAGGCGCUCCGGGGCAGUUGGUCCGUCCUGUGAUGCAGAUUCCGACCCGGAUGCCUCAGAACCCCCCCACACCCGCUGUAGGAGGACAGCCAAUGACACAGCAGACCCAACAGCAGCCAAUGAUGUCAUCGCCUUCACCUGGGCAGGUGCAAACCCCGCUGUCGAUGCCUCCUCCCCCUCAACCGUCACCCCAGCCCCCCUCCUCACAGCCCAACUCAGCCAGCUCCGGUCCCACUCCGUCCCCGGGGGGUUUCCAGCCCAGCCCGUCUCCUCAGCCCUCACAGAGCCCCGCCACCGCCAGGACCCCCCUCAACUAUGGAGUACCCUCACCUGGACCGCUCAACACCCCAGGUAACCCCGGCUCUGUGAUGAGUCCACCUGGAUCCACGUCUCUGGAGGACCAGCAGUACAUGGAGAAACUGAAACAGCUCUCUAAAUACAUCGAACCUCUGCGCAGGAUGAUCAAUAAGAUUGACAAGAACGAAGACAGGAAGAAAGACCUGAGUAAGAUGAAGAGUCUGUUGAACAUCCUGACGGACCCAAACACCAGGUGUCCCCUGAAGACGCUGCAGAAGUGUGAGAUCGCUCUGGAGAAGCUGAAGAACGACAUGGCCGUGCCCACCCCGCCGCCCCCCCAGCUGCCCAACAAGCAGCAGUACCUGUGUCAACCGCUGCUGGACGCAGUCAUGGCCAACAUCCGCUCCCCCGUCUUUAACCACUCGCUGUACCGCACCUUCGCCCCCGCCAUGACCGCCAUCCACGGACCCCCCAUCACGGCGCCAAACUUCUCCGGGAGGAAGAGGAAGCACGAGGAAGACGAGCGUCAGUCCAUCCCAAACAUCCUUCAAGGAGAGGUUGCUCGGCUCGACAUCAAGUUCCUGGUGAACCUGGACCCGUCCUACUGCAGCAACAACGGGACGGUGCACCUGGUCUGCAAGCUGGAUGAUAAGAACCUUCCCAGCGUUCCUCCUCUGCAGCUCAGCGUACCAGCAGAUUACCCUGAUCAGAGCCCUUACUGGGCCGACGAGGAGGACCAGUACGCAGGUGCGAACGGCUUCCUGCAGACGGUCCACAGAAACAUGACGUCCAAACUUCUGCAGCUCCCCGACAAACACUCUGUGACGGAGCUUCUGAACACCUGGGCCCAGAGCGUCCGCCAGGCCUGUCUGUCUGCCGCCUGAAGCCCCGCCCCUGUCUGAUCUCAGGUGUCGGUCCUCUUGCUGUGUAAACCACCUGCAGAUGUUGUUCCCACGCUCGUCUUAGUCCCUGAAGGCCCCAUCGGGGAGGAUGUUUCUGGCCUAGUGCGUUCUGGGCAAACUGAGCUUGUACAUAAAAUGAACUCAAAAGGGAAAAGGUGCUUGUCUGUCCCAAUAUAUAUUCUGCCCCUGAAUGCAACGCGUGGUCGGUUUAGUUCAUUUCCACAGGAGCGAAGAACUAACUUUUUUUUUGCUAUCGUAAUAAAAAAACUGAAGAUGUGAACCGUA